AUGCGCCUCAUCAAACAGAACAUCGACCGCCGCACCGGCACCGGCACCGCGACGCUGCUGCCCGAAGAACCCGAGGACAUGUGGCACGCGUACAACCUGAUACGACCACUGGACAUGCUGCGCGCCGCGGCGCUGCGCAAAGUUACGAUAACAUCGGGGACGGGCGCCACGACGUCGAAGCGGGUGCAGACGAAUCUGAAGAUCCGGGUGACGAAGACGGACUUCGACGCGGGCAGCAGCCAGCUACACGUGUCGGGCACCGUGGCCGAGGAGAACGAGCAUGUCGGGCUGGGCCAGAGCCACACGCUGGACCUGGAACUGCAGCGGCAGUUCGUGCUGGAGAAGGCCGACGGCUGGGACAGCAUCGCGCUCGACGCGCUGAAAGAGGCCACCGACCCGACCAAGCGCGUCGAUGUUUGGGCCGUCGUCAUGCAGGAGGGCAUGGCCAACAUCUGCCUGAUCACCGAGCACCAGACCAUUCUGCGCCAGCGCGUCGAGACGCCCAUACCGCGGAAGAGGAGGGGCGGGCAGGGCGACCACGACAAGGGCCUGGAAAAGUUUUUCUCCACCGUCCUCUCCACCCUCCUCCGCCAAGUCGACCUCACCGACCCUCGCCCCCUCCUCCUCGCCUCCCCGGGCUUCCUCGCGUCCUCCUUCCAAGCCUACAUCAAGCAGCGCGCCCUCUCCACCGGCAGCAAGCCCUUGCAAGCGCAGGCCAACGCCAUCCUCGUCGCGCACGCCUCGUCCGGCCACGUCCACGCCCUGAACGAGGUCCUCAAGUCGCCCACCGUCCUCGCCCGCCUCAGCGACACCAAGUACGCGCGCGAAACCGCGCUCAUGGACCGCUUCUUCGAACUUCUGCGCCUGGACGACGGCCGCGCGUGGUACGGGCCCCGCGAGGUGGAGAAGGCGGCGGACAAGGGCGCCGUGGGGCGCGGCGGCGGCGUGUUGUUGAUCUCGAACGCCUUGUUUCGGAGCCAGGACAUCGCGACGAGGCGCCGUUGGGUCGGCCUGGUGGAUCGCGUCCGCGAGACCGAGGGCGGCGAGGUGAGAGUGCUGAGUUCGGCGCACGAGAGCGGAAAGAGGUUGGAGGGGUUGGGCAAUAUCGCUGCCAUCUUGACUUUUCCGAUUGAGGAUUUGGAUGAGGAGAUGGAGGCGGAAGAGCAGGAUGGAGGCGCUCCUGUUGGUGCGGAAGGCGAGCAGCAAAUAUGA